UCUGGUUUCAUUAACCAGGAAACAGAAACUCUAAGGAAGUAAAAUCAGCUGAACACAAAACACAGAGCUCAGACAAACAUCGGUCUACAGAACUGUCAGGAUGGCGAAGUUCUCAGGAUCAAGUCCAGGUCUGUGUGUGGCUCUGCUACUUCUCCUGACCUCAGCAUCAGCAGUGCAAGUCCUCAACAACAUCAAUGACUUGAAGAAACUCAACUUUGGCUUGUCUGUGCCAAAACAUAGUCUUUUGCUCCUGCACUGGUUUGCCAAUGAAGUUGACAUUGACAAUAACAAUAUUAUAAGGCUAACCUUUGACCCUGAUGAAGGCGAUUACGGCUCACAUCACUAUGGAAACUAUGAAAGGCUUUUGGAUCCAUUGCCUCAUGGAAACGUCAGAUAUCGAUACUUUACUGUUGGUAAUCUCAAUCAAGAUUCGUCGUCUGAUCUCCCAUCUUACGUUGUCCAUCCACGAAUUGAAUAUGAGGGAAGAAACAGAGAUCGGAUCAUAUUCAGAGUAAGGGAGCAGAAUGUCGGACGUCAGGCUGGGCAUGUAAUAGACAGAGUCUAUAUCACGCAGCAUUUUGAGACAUCAGAUAAUCAAGGGACAAGGUAUGAUCCAGACCAUACAUACCAGAUCACUACCAGCCUACUGAGACAGAUCAGUCAAUUUUCUGUGGAAGUGAAUGACUUGAACACACUGACAAACCUCAGAGAUAACGUCAGAAGCAACGCUGAUUAUUCCCAACUGAGGGAGAUUAGAAACUUAUGGGGUGACCUUGCUUGUCUGGGCUUAUUCUUGUUUAUUAUAAUCCAGGAAAAGUACUGCCCUAACCAGCAACCCAACAACAGACGUCAGCCUUCUGCGAGAAGAAACACACAACCUGAUUAUGUUGUCAGCAUCCCAGAGAGCAGACCAAGCAGACCAAAUAGAAGCUCUGAGGUGUCCAUAAGAAUCCCUCAUCAUUACAGUAGUGAUAUGAUGCUUCAGGUGGUGACAGAUUCAAAAGGAAGAGCCAGAAUAAUUUGGAGAAAUGUUCCAGUGAAUAACUACAAAAGCGGUUUAAUGGUUGCACUUUAUAGGAGCGAUGAGGACGAGGAACCACUUACUUAUAAGUCUGUUAGAAACGCAAAAUCAGGCACCUAUGACACAUCGGUACCACUGAAUGAAGGCCUACAGGUCCGGCUUCAUGAAGUGAUAACAGUAUGCUUCUUUUGGUCCCGUGCUGGAGUGGAGAUACACAGAGGUCCAGAGUUUAAGAAUCCUACAGCAGCCGUUACUAUAAAAGGCUACAAUGCAAGCCUGCAACUUUUCGCAAAGGAUGGCAAAGCUUGUGCACGCUUAUAUGUGAAAACCUCGUUCACCGAUUGGAUGUCUCAAUUCAAAGACUCAUGGAUAGGCUUUUACACAUCUGCAGAUAAAUCUACAAACAAUUAUGAAUGGUGGCAGUGGCAAUGGGCAAAGAAAUUUGAACAGAAAACUGAUUUGCAUAGCUGUCUGGACACUGUUGUUUAUGAGUAUUGCUCUAAUAUGACAAUUGCUCCAGGAGUCCAAGCAAGAUUCAUACUGAAAGAUAAUGAAGAGAAAGCACGCACCCCCGGCUGGAAAUGAGAAAGACAGCAUCAAAUGCACUGAAGACAGUCUUGUUGCACUGAAUGUAUUGUAUAAAGCUGAAUGUUAUUUUCCCUGCUUUUCAAAUCAUUUUGGUCCUGGACAAUCAAAUACAGUGAACCCUCGUUUUUCGCGGGGGAUGCAUUCCAAAAAGAACCCGUGAUAGGCGAAAUCCGUGAAGUAG